AUGUCCCCCUUACCUUCCCCCAGUUUACCUGGACCCCCAACGUCGGAUGGACAGCCAUCUGGGCGAUUCUACGCGUCCAGAACUCCCCAGGUGUCUAACGCUGCUCUGGUAGUGGAGUCCCGGGGACUCAUCGAUCGAGUUAGCGCCUACAGCAAUGAUAGUAUUAGUAGGACAGAAGACGAGGUUGAAGAUCAAGUCCUAGGGCCAGCCAUUCGUCAUGAGUCUUCUCCAGACCUACAAACAGAGCCUACCCAGUCAGAUCGUCAAUCGAUCACAGAAGAUGCCCAGGCACAAGAUAUCCCCGAAUCCGGAACAAAUGACAACCUAUCAAGCGACCCUGUUUGCACGGUGCGAACUUCAAGCUUGGAUCUAGCAGACGCGACAUCUGCAAUGCAGCAUGAUGAUCAUCUUACUCCAUCGCGUCCAUCAGGCGACACUGGUGGGCUGGGGUGUAGCGACUUUUCAGGGGAACAAACACCAUGGUCAGCCCGCCCCAGCGAAGAGGUUACGGUAACUGAUCGCACAUCUGUGUCGAACAAUCUAUGGACACCUAUCGAAAAUGGUGAUCUUGCAUCCUUACUAUCCUUCACGGACGAAUACUUUUUCGUUGACGGCAAAACCAGGGGUCACCCCGAUAGAGGGGAUAAUCCUACAAAGGCAGAACGGAGCAUCAUCAGCGAUGGAAGCUUGUAUAAUGGACUAGGUCAUGAUCGCAGCCCGUCGGCGGGAACGCUAGAUGUCCCUGAGGUAAUUGGUCCUGGACGACCGAUCCCUAUUCAACCCCCUCGGCCAUAUCGAGUAGAGCGAGAUGCCAGUGAUGAAUCCGUCGAUGAAUAUCUUUUUACGUAUCCAAUGUAUCAGCGACGUUAUUUUCCUUGA